GUCGUAAUUGCUCUAUUAGCCAAGCAGGUUGGCUUUCAAUUUAUUCUGAAAUGUGUAUUUAUACGAAUCUUUGUAAGCUCUUCUUUGUGGAUCAAAUAUUGUAAUUAUUGUGAUGUGUAGGUACUGUAGCAUCCUGAAAUCAGAAAGUGUUUGUUGAUUUUCCAAACAUUUGUUUAUGUUGCUAGAGAUUAUGGAUAUUCACUUGGAUUUUGAUGUUAACUAGUAACUAGUAUUGGUAUUACUUUGGGUUAGCCACCAUUUGGAGUCCAGUAUAACUUUCUGUACUACUGGAGCACAUCGAUGGAGCAGUGAUUCUGAAUGUACAAUUGCUAUACUAAGAUCUACAUUCACAUCUACUGGGUAUCUUGUGGAACAAACUUGGAUUUGUUAUACUUUUGUUUUUUGUAGUAUUGUCCUCCAACAUUAUCAUUUCUAUAGUGUUUCACACUCACAGCAUCCCAGAAUUCAUUCAGAGACUAUGCAUCUGUAACCCUCUGUGACCUAGAUUUGACCUCAACAAAACAAAACAAUGCCAAUUAGUAAUAGGUCUGUUGGUAAUGUUAGUUCACGAAGCCCUGAACGAAAGCAUGUGUCGAGUGGUACACAGGUGGGAAAGCACGGUACAUUUGGGCCGUCGCAUGGCUCCAUUUUACGUGAUCGAUUAACGUUGAAAGUGCUUAAAGGAGAACUGACAGAUUACAGGUAUAAAAAAGAUGAAAUUUUCAAGCGCAUGAAAGUAACAACAUUUGUACAAUUGGUCCUUCAAGUACAUGCAAUUCAACAGCUAGAAGACAAUGCACAGAAUGAUUCAGAAGCAGAUAAUUAUGAUCUUGAGUCAGCAAGAAGUAGCGCAAUAGGUGCAGGUGAUAGCGCCAGUCAAAAUAGGUCCAGUCCAGUACCCUCCCUGGCACUUACAGACGGAGAUUUUGGUGAAGCAAAGGACCUGUCCACUCCUCGCUCAACUUUUCAAAGUGUUGUAAGUGGAAUUGGCGAGUUUGAUUUGUUAUCUGAACCAGGCAACGAGGCAGGUAAUGUCGACAAAGAAACAAUGAUUAAAAAACCUCAAAACUGUCCUUACUUGCUACUAGACUUGCGAGAUAAAGAUGCAUACGACCAGUGUCAUAUCAUAACAGCGUUAAACUAUCCAUCUGCUAUGCUGUCAAGGUCGUGCAAUUACUUCACUAAAGAAAUUCUAGCUUACCGUAAUCAGCCAGGGAAGAUAAUUGUGAUGUACGAUGAAGAUGAAAGAAUUGCUACGGGGGCAGCGACCACUUUUGCUGAGAGGGGUUUUGACAAUACUUUUGUUCUUUCCGGUGGAUUGAAAGUUGCAGUACAGAAGUUUCCAAAUGGUUUGAUUACUGGAACUUUGCCGGCAUCUUGCAGAGUGUCACCUCUGGCAGCCAAAUCCAAGAAGAAGGUCACACCACCACCGCCACAAAUUAUCAUGGCAACACAGAGUUACUUUACAGAGAACAAUCUUGAUAAGUUACAGGUUAAUCUGGAAGAGAAUUUGGUACCCAACGAUACUGGAAGUCGUCUUUCUCGUGCAACUACACACGCAAGAAGUCAAGCAUCAGUGCGAUCUUCAACAUCCAAAUCCAUGAACAGUGUCCAAUCCCAGCCCUGGAAAUGACACCUCUAAAACUCUAUUAGAUUCAUUAACUGUUUAAAUCGUAUUUUAUCUGUUAGUUGAUGCUCUGAUGCAGUUGAGCUGGUAACUGAAUUAUAUUGGAAAUAAAUAAAAGUAGAAUAAUUUCCAUAAUUCUUUUUCCAUAAUUCUUAUUUACUAUAUUUAAUUUAUAAAUAGGCAGUGGACAAUUUUCAAGUAGGAUUCCUUUACUUACUUGGAAUUUUUAUGAUGAUUAGAGGGAGCACUCAAACUCUAACCUUAAAAAUAUGCAAAUAUGCAGUUUGUUCUUAUUCGUUUUUAAGACUUCGUCAAAAAAGCAAAAUCUCACCUGUGCAGUUAUUUGUGGGAGUCAACACAGAAGUCAUAUUUUGGGUUUUAUAUUUUCCACUGCCUAACUUGUAUUUAUUACGGUAAAAGUGACAGUAUUCCAUAAGUAACCCAUACUCUCUAAUUGUAACCCACCCUAAAAACCAAACAAAUGAAUACAGCAAGUAGUCUCAAUGUUUUUCAAUUUUUUUUAAAUUCUUUUUUAUCUUACAAAUAAAAUGAGGUUAUAACUGCAUUAAAACACAUUUAAAAAUGUAUUAUAAUUAUUAUGUUGUACAUACAAAUCUGGAAUUUUUCAUUUUGUUUGCAAAAGUGAAAUGUUUCAUGCUUAAAAUAUUUUAAAAAUAUGUAAUUCAUACAUAAUUACAAAAAUAAUCUUUAAUUAUAUUAUUGUAUUUUCUGAAACCAAAGCAUUAUUAUUUCAUAGGGUAGAUAAUUUUGUAAAAUCCUGUCUUCAAACUUUGUCAUAAAUAUACGAUAGUUUUCUUACUUUUUU